CCUCCUCCCCCUCUUCUUUCUCCUCAUCUUACUAAUCCUCUUCCUCCUUCCUCUCCUCCCCCUCCUCCUCUUCCUCCUCCUUUCCCUCCUUUUCCUCUUUCUCCCACUCCUCCUUGCACCCUAAUCUCUACAGACGAAGUGAGGACUGGCACCUACCGCCAACUCUUUCAUCCUGACCAACUGAUCUCCGGAAAGGAGGAUGCUGCGAACAACUACGCCCGGGGACACUACACCAUCGGCAAAGAGAUUGUUGAUCUGGUGCUCGACCAAAUUCGCAAGAUCGCCGAACUCUGCAACGCCUUUCAAGGCUUUCUCUUUCUCCAUUCCUUCGGCGGCGGCACUGGAUCCGGCUUCACCUCGCUCCUGAUGGAGCGUCUCUCGGUCGACUACGGGAACAGAACCAAGAUCGGGUUCUCCGUCUAUCCAGCUUCGCGCAUCUCGACCGCCAUUGUAGAACCCUACAACGCAGUUCUCACCACCCACGACACGUUGGAGCACUCUGACUGUGCUUUUAUGGUUGACAACGAAGCCAUUUACGAUGUGUGCAGAAGGAACUUGGACCUCGAGAGACCAACUUACAACAGCCUGAAUCGACUCACGAGCCAGAUCCUCAGCUCGAUUACGGCCUCACUUCGCUUCGACGGAGCCCUGAACGUCGACUUGAGCGAGUUCCAAACCAAUCUGGUACCAUAUCCGCGCAUCCACUUCCCACUGGCUACGUAUGCACCAGUCGUCUCCGCCGAGAAAGCCUAUCACACGCCUUUGAGCGUGGCCGAGAUCACUUUUGCCUGCUUCGAGCCGGCCAAUCAGAUGGUGAAAUGCAACCCCAGACACGGUAAGUACAUGGCCUGUUGUCUGCUGUACCGAGGCGACGUGUUGCCGAAAGACGUGAACGCGGCCAUCUCGGGCAUCAAAAACAAGCGCUCCAUCCAGUUCGUCGAUUGGGUGGCGACCGCCUUCAAAGUGGGCAUCAGCUACCAGAAGCCGACGGUGGUACCGGGCAGUGAUUUGGCCAAGAUUCCACGUGCCGUCUGCAUGUUGAGCAACACGACGGCAAUCGCAGAAGCCUGGGCGCGUCUCGACCACAAGUUUGACAUGAUGUAUGCAAAACGCGCUUUCGUCCAUUGGUACGUCGGCGAAGGCAUGGAGGAGGGCGACUUUACCGAGGCCAGAGAGGACUUGGCCGCUCUGGAACGCGACUACGCCGAGGUGGGCGUCAAUGUGACCGAUUCAGAAACGGAGGGGAUGGAAUAA